AUGAGCUCCUGGCUUUUGUUUGAGAGAUUUUUCCACAGUCCCACUGCAACGUGGUGCCGCUGCGGACUUGUUGUGCUCGGAGCCUUCGGCGUCGGGAGCGACUACUACCUCACGCACUACUACCAGGCCUUCGACCCCUCCGAAGGGCGGCAGUACGUCGUAGACUGGAGCCCCAUUGGCAAACCGCGGUGUCAGAUGCUCCUCAUUCCAAACAACCACUACACCAACUACAGUCCCUGGACUCCUAAGAAUGGCGAUAUCGUGCUCGCUCGUGACGUGGAAGACGAGCCGAACUACCUGCAGCUGAUCAACGGCCGUUUUGUGGAGCGGCAGACGUGCGGGGUCACGCUCCUUCGACCGCUAGAGGAGGUGGCUCAGUAUGAGAGGGAGGAACAGCUGCAGCGCGAGAAGUUGCUGUCGCACAUGUCCAGCACCGGUGGCACGGUGAGGUCUCCGACUCGCCUCUAG